ACAAUCGACUGUUCUCAGCAUAGGUUCUCCAUAGAGACGCUUCGCCAUCUUGGAUUUAGGGAAAGUUGCAGUUGACUAAACAAACACAGAACAACCAAGACAUGAGCGACUCUAACUCUCGGAACGAGACGGCAGCCACAGUUAAAGGACCGGACACCGAUAUGGGGCUGGCGGCAAAUUCCAGGGAGCGAAAGUCCGGUGGAGAUGUGAUGAAGAGACUCAAGUCGCAACGAAAUCAAACGGAUAAACAGCGGCCUGUUGUUACAGAGGAUGAGCUCAGGGCGCUAGGACGAGACAUCACACCAGAUGAAAUCCUUGGUCUUUGUGCUGUUACACGGGAUUAUCUAUGUAAACCUGAGGACAACGUCUACAAUAUUGACUUCACACGUUUCAAGAUCAGAGAUCUGGAGACUGGGUCAGUGCUCUUCGAGAUUGCUAAACCUCACAGCUGUGACCCUGAAGAUGAGGAGAAUGGAGAUGGAGACGCCAGUGCUGGGCGCUUUGUGCGCUAUCAGUUCACGCCAGCCUUCCUCAGACUGCGGAAUGUUGGUGCAACUGUGGAGUUCACCGUGGGGGACCGGCCUGUUAACAGCUUUCGCAUGAUAGAGAGGCAUUAUUUCCAGAAUAAAGUUCUCAAGAACUUUGACUUUGACUUCGGAUUCUGCAUCCCAAACAGCCGUAACACUUGCGAACACAUCUAUGAGUUUCCCCAGCUCCAUGAGGACCUCAUUGGCCUAAUGGUGGAGCACCCGUAUGAGACCAGGUCCGACAGCUUCUAUUUUGUGGACAACAAACUGAUCAUGCACAAUAAGGCAGACUACGCCUACGAUGGGGGCCAGUAGUGUCUGAAGAUUAGCUUCUUGUGUGCAAUGCAACGCAGGGGUCACAUUGCCCCUGAAUACAACCAUCAUGUAGCUCUUUUGGGAGCAGGAGUGUACUUUCUCCACUUCAGACAUUCCAACAAACUUUACCAGCCCCAGGUUUGGGGGAAAAUGACCAUAUCUACCUUCCAAACAGGUUGCUUCAUUUAUUUGAUACCUUGUACCCAUCUAUUGCUUGGACUCAUAGGAAUCUCUCGUCAAUCACUCUUUUGUAAUGUUGAACAUGUUUUCCUUUGUCUUUUCUAAUGUUUCCACAUUUAAAUGGUUACUGCUUAUUUCAAUCUGCUUUGAGUUCAGUAUUUGUUGUAAUAUCCUUGUUUUUGACUUGUAUUAUGUUUAUUAGUCAACUGUUACCAGACAGCUCUACAGAGGGAUAAGGGAACAUUACAUGAUCCCAAUCUGAAUGUUAAAUACCGGUCAAUUGUAGCCCGUAAGAUGAACAAUGAUUGAAGUUGACCAGGACUUAUGUUCUUUUCUACACACAAGGGUUGACAGAUGGCACAAUUGGAUUGCAAGCAAAUUACAACUGUGAUACUACCUAAUUUCAUUGAACAAUAGUUUGGUUCUGGUCAUCAAUUUUUAACUACUCAUUCUGCUCAAGUAGCAAUCGUGAUCCUUUGCUAUGUCUUCGUUCCUCAGAUAGUGGGCUAAACUGUAUAUUCAGCUUUGAGACUAACAGAUGCUCCAUUAAUUUGACAUCUUGCCUUGGUGUAGAAGCUGUAUUAUUCGUUUGGGUGUCCCGUGUCACCCCUCUAGCUAUAUACACAGAGCAAAAAAACAUUAUGAACGCCUGCUCUUUCCAUGACUGACUAACCAGGUGAAAGCUAUGAUCCCUUAUUGAUAUCACUUAAAUCCAUUUCAAUCAGUGUAGAUGAUGGUUAAAGGAAUUUUAAGCUGAGACAUGGAUUGUCUAUAUGUGCCAUUCAGAGGGUGAAUGGACACGACAAAAUAUUUAAGUGCCUUUGAACGGGGUAUGGUAGUAGACGUCAGGUUUGUGUCACGAACACUGCUAGGUUUUUCACGCUCAACAUUUUCCUGUGUGUAUCAAGAAUGGUCCACCACCUAAAGGACAUCCAGCCAAAUUGACAUAAAUGUGGGAAGCAUUGGAGUCAACAUGGGCCAGGAUUCCUGUGGAAUGCUUUUGACACCUUGUAGAGUUCAUGUCCUGACAAAUUGAGGCUGUUCUGAGGGCAAUGGUGGGCAGGGGGGUAGUAAGUGACAGGGUAGUAAGUGACAGCCAACACCCCUGGUCUGUUACGUGUUUAGCAUUUGUAAAUGUGCUUGUAGUAUGUUCGUGCCUGCUGGAGUUACACUGAGUUUUCCAAAACUAAAUGAAACCUCCCACAUGUGCCUUGUAUUCAGACUUCUCAGCUCAAGAGGCUUUGUUGUGUGUGAGAGAAUGUGAAGUCCAGCGCUGCUCCGCUACACAUCUGUCCAACAACAUGUCAAACUGUCUGGAAGAGAUUUUUGUGAAUUCAUUCUAAACAAUCCCAGUCAGCUAUAAAAUAAUAUUGGUUACCCAGAAGUAAAAUUAGCGCGAAAUUUCUUGUUUUACUUCUGGGGGAAUGCCGUUAACAAUUAAUUACCUUGGUGCGAAGUCUCCUCCCUUGUUAAUGGAAACGGCCAAAUUUUCUUUCUGCUAAUUUCACCCGUGUUUAUCAUGCUCACAAAGCACAUUUUUUGUUUUCAUGAAUAUUUAUGAUAGACAAUUUUGAGUUUGUAUUUGUGGAAUUUAGUGGAAACCGCUUAUCAUCCACACACAGGCUUUAAAAUCACAGCACCAAUUUAAGAACCGCCUAAACCCAAUCCUGCUGCUCGUAAUCACAUAAUUGUACGUGAGUUUCGACAUAUUCUCGCCGUUUCCUUUGUCCACGAGAGGUUAGUUCUGAAAUUAUAACUAUACAGUUCAUAAUGACAAGUGGAAGGUAUGUAUCAGUGGAGGCUGCUGAGGGGAGGACGGUUCAAAAUAAUGGCUGGAACAGCACGAAUGGAAACCAUGUGUUUGAUACUGUUCCACUCAUUCUGCUCCAGCUUAUCACGAGCCUUCCUCCCCCAAUUAAGGUAUCACCAAACUCCUGUGGUAUGUAUGAUGAUGUGGCUGUUAUGUUAACCACUUUAGAGACUUGUGAUGUCUGUUCUUUACCUUUACUGAUGGAAGGUCUGUGAUAGCAGCCACCAUUUCUUUUUCUAAUAGCACCACCAAAUUAACACCAAUUAUGUAUUUUACAACACGGUUGCUACUGACAUCAUUUUUCACUCUUGAAGUUGGACCCACAUACUGUGUAAACUGGAACCCCUUUGAAUUUAUUGAGCAUAUUGUACAUUUAUUUAUUGAUGAAUGUGUUUUAGGAAAGACCAAUUUCACAGUGAGAUUUUUAUUCAACAUUACUACAAAGAUUACUGUCUUUUGAAUGUUACAUUUCAGGGACCAUAGACUUGGUGAAGUAGAACUAGAAAGCCCUCCUAACAUUGCCUUUUAUGUUCCGUUAAAUGUUUCUGUUUCUGCAAGAUGAUAUACUGCCAGAAGAGGGGGGAAUAAAAAAUUGAACAGA